AUGCAUGGUGGACAGAAAUUAGAACAGUGGGUCAUGGAGACAAAUCUGAAACACCAGGAUGGCCUAAUCUUAACACAUCAAAAGAUCUUAUUGAAAUCAUCACCACAAUAUAUAUCUUGGAUAGCAUCUGGCCAUCAUGCAGCUGUGAACUUUUCCCAAUAUGCCUAUGGAGGCUAUUUCCCUAAUAGACCCCCAAUUGCAAGAAACAAAAUGCCAACAGAAGACCCUUCUGAAGAGGAAUGGGAAAAGUUUAUGAACAAACCUGAGCAAACACUUUUGGAGUGUUUCCCAUCACAAAUUCAAGCAACAUUAGUAAUGGUAAUCUUGAACUUGUUGUCAGAUCAUUCAACUGAUGAAGAGUACAUUGGACAAUAUAUUGAGCCAUCAUGGGAUGAGAAUCCAACAAUAAAGGCAGCUUUUGAAAGGUUUAGUGGGAAACUAAAGGAGAUUGAAGGAAUUAUAGACUCAAGGAAUGCAAAUAGUAGUUUGAGGAACAGACGUGGAGCUGGAGUAAUGCCUUAUGAGUUAUUGAAGCCAUUUUCUGGGCCAGGAGUUACUGCAAAAGGAGUUCCAUAUAGCAUAUCCAUUUAA